AUGACUCCCACAGUAGCCCCAGUAAACAUCAGUGCAGAUGUUGUUCGCUUAACAUCAUCAUUGGUAAAUGACAUUCAAAAUGAAAAUAAUGAUAUUGUGCGUGAAGAAGUGGAUCCAUUCGAAAGCGAUGACGAUGAUAGAGAUGUCGAUUAUGUGCCAUUUGAAGAUGCAUCGGAUAUUGAAAAUGAAAUCGAAAUCGAGCCGUAUGAAAUAUUAGAUAGCGACGAAGAGGAAGUAAUCGAUGGUGUAGAAGAAGAAGAGCGUGAAACUCCAGCUGCUACUGAAGCUUCUUACUACGGUAAAGAUGGGAAAGAAUGGAAAAAAAAGGGCCUAAUGAAGCAAUUCGUACUCGUGCACACAAUAUUAUGCGCUUUAGACCUGGAUCGAAGCAACAAAACUCUGUUCCCAUUUAGUCAAACAAAUCGUUAUGGAAGAGACCAAUUUGCAAAAUGGAAUGCAGAAAAUCUAACCUCAAAACCUAAAGUUUGGGUGGAUUUCACUAGCACCGAACUUUAUGCAUUUAUUGGCAUUCUUAUUGCUUCUGGUGUAACGCACAAUAAUAUGCAGUUUACACCACUUUUGUGGCAAACUGAUGCUCUUCCCAUCUUUCGAGCGGCGAUGCCACUCAAACGAUUCAAGUUAUUGACGCGAUGUAUCCGUUUCGAUGAUGGCCGCACACGUUCAUUCCGACUACAAUCUGAUAAGGCUGCACCAAUUCGCGAUAUAUGGAAUUUUUUAAAUAAAAACUUCGCCAGAAACUAUGAGCCGCAUGAAAAUUUAACGAUUGAUGAGCAAUUGUUUCCGUAUCGUGGCAAGACAAAGUUUACGCAAUUCAUACCAUCAAAACCAGCCAUAUACGGUGUGAAAAUCUGGUGGGCAUAUGACUCACAAACAAAAUACCCAUUGCAAGGUAUAUUGUACACGGGAAAAAAGGAUGGCGGAGAGCGUGAAGUGAACCAAGGAGAAAAUGUAUUGCUCAAACUUGUGAAACGGUAA